AUGUUGGCGGCGCAUCGCGACCAAGAGAAUCUGGUCGUUAGCCAGCAAGUUCCGACCAAACAGCAACACAAUGCACGAUUUCCAAAAACCCCAUCUCGAUUUCCUCAACAUGACGAGAAUGCUCCCACAGCCUUUACUGGCAAGACCGGACUGGGUGGAGUGAAGACACUGAACAAAGGCAAUGGAACACGACAGGCCAUGGUCACCCCAAUGGGUACCCAGAAUCGAGCUCCUCUAGGCAACAAGACCACCAAUGCCAAGGCUAAGAACGGGCACCUUGGUGGUGUUAAGAACAUCAUCCAGGGUAUUGAGCAAACGCAACUCAAGCCAACGGCACAGAAGCCCAAGCAGCGACCAGUGGAUCUUGCACCUCUUGAGAUUCGACUCAAGGAAGAACAGAAACCCAUCGAGCCACAGGAAGAAGAGCCGGAAUAUGCCCCGCCGAUGCCCAAGGAUCUCCCAUAUGAAUCGGACUGCUUCCCCAAAGAUAUGCUGACCCUCGAGGGCUUGAAGAAGGAAAAUAUUAUGAAGGGAUACUAUCAGCAUUUCUACAACCCAAUCGAUGAUGACGGUGUCUCUCUACAAGACCGGCAGCUUGCAGAGAUAAUGAAGAAAGUUGCUGCCAAGGCGGAGGAGCGAAAUAAGCAAGAGAGGGCAGCUUUAACCUUCAACAUUGACGAUCUUUCAGACACCGAAGUGCAGAUCAGGGCACCAGCACCAGCACCAAAGGCUUCUAUUGCGGACUCGGAGCGAAAGGUCAAAGGCAUCCGAACCAAGCAGCCUUCGAGUCUGGCAUCAAGGCGUGCUGCCUCUGCUUUGUCCAUCCACUCAGACGCCAGUAGCAACAGCAAGGCUUCGAGUGUGGCACGAACAAAGAUUCGAAAGCCUCUCACCUCUUUAUAUCAAAGCAAGAAGCCUGUCGCCAGAAGUGUGGUGCCUGCCAAGACAUCGCCUGCAGAGAGUGCUACUGGCGUAGCUGCAUCCCGAACCACCAUCGGCUACAACCGAGGUAGAUCAGCAUCCUCAAUGGUCAACGCUCAACGUCGCGGGCCUACAGCGCCUGUUGGAACACAGCGUGCUGUCAAGCCCGUCGAGACAGUCAACUCUUUUCAGUCUGAUCUUACUAUCACCCCAGCUCGCCUCCGCCAGGCGGUAAAGCAGCAGCAGGAAGCCAAGCCUAGACCUCAGUUCAUGUCUAUCUUCGAUGAGGAUGGAGAUGACGAUGAUCUCCCACCUCUGAGCCAGCCGCUUGACAUCUCCGACGAUGAAGAGGAGGAGUUUGAGCUGAAGCUGAACUUCUAA